AUGAGUGACCAAAAGGAGAAGCCGUCGACACUUGCUAGUGGUGAUAUGAGUGACCCCCCUCAUAUCUGCAUUAUUGGUGCUGGUAUAUCUGGGCUGCGAGCUGCGGAUGUGCUCCUCCAAAAGGGCUAUAAGGUGACGAUACUAGAGGCGAGGGAUCGAAUUGGUGGGAGAAUAUGCCAGAGUGAUAAACUGGGAUAUACUGUGGAUAUUGGACCAAAUUGGAUUGCAAGCUGCUUCCUUUCCACUUCCCUCCACGCCACUGGCGACAAACACCCAAUCCGUGAUCUGGCAAUAGAAACGAACACGUCCCUGCACCACUGGAACAACAAGCAAAACAUUUUUACGUCUGAUGGGAAACUUCUUCCGGCCGAGAAGUCCGCUGAACUCUCAACACUGCUAUGGGAUAUCAUAGAAGAAGCGUUUGCAUACAGCGCGAAGAAUGGUAAAUCGAUACCAGAAACCGCAAGUCUGUACGACUUCAUUGAAUCUACUGUCAAGGAGAAGCUCCCGGAUCGGCUCGAGGACCAGAAGCUGAUCUUGAGCAUGAGUGAAAUGUGGGGUGCCUACGUAGGCCACCCUGUCACGAGGCAGAGUCUGCGGUUUUCUUGGAUGGAGGAGUGUUGUGGCGGUGACGAGACGUUCAUUGAAACGACAUACGAGGCCAUCCUGGACAGGAUAGCCAAGCUGCCUCGCGAGAAGGCAGACAUUCGGCUUGGAUCGAGGGUAAUGAAAGUUGUAACGCCGACAGACCGAUUCUCUGGUGCGAUAAAGGUGGCGACCAUGAAAGCGGAGGUUGUCGAGUGUGAUGAAAUUAUCUGUACUGUACCGCUUGGAUGCCUGCAGGAGGUUAAAGAGAGAGGCUUUUAUCCACGCUUGCCGCAGAAGAUAUGUGAUGCAAUGGACAAUAUUUCCAUUGGUCGCCUCGAAAAGGUAUACAUUACAUUUCCUUCCGCAUUCUGGACUGUAAACCAAGAAGAUAAUUUUGCGGGGUACACCAACUGGCUAUCACCCAAAUACGCACCAGAUACGAACCCCGAGUGCUGGCCACAAGAAAUCUGGAACCUCGCUGCCUUCUCACCCGAAAAUCGGCGCCCGACACUACUCUUCUACCUCUAUGGCGACUGUUCAAGACACAUCGUGAAACUUACCUUCGAUAGGUCCACGGAGGAGCGCCAUGCUGCACUAGACGCCUUUUUCCGCCCUUACUAUUCUCUGCUCCCCAACUUCUCGGCCGACGACGAGAAUUGCAAGCCCAAGGCUAUUUUGAGCACCGAGUGGCAGAUGGAUGAUCUUGCUGGGUAUGGAAGCUACUGUAAUUUCCAGGUGGGGAUCAAGGACGCGGAUGAGGAUGUCAAGACGAUCAGACACGGGGUCCCUGAGAGGAGAUUGUGGUUUGCUGGGGAGCAUACUGCACCAUUUGAGGAGCUGGGGACGGCUGCGGGGGCGUAUAUGAGUGGCGAGGCUGUGGCGUUGAGGAUUUUUGACGAGUAUUUGGCGGAGAAAGAGAGGUAUUAA